GCGCCCUCGUCGUCGAAACUGGCGUACUGAGUCGAUCUAAAGAUCACUUGGUCACCGGAUUCUUUUGCCCUCCCUUUCUUUUUUUAACUUCUUUCUAUCAUUUAUCAUUCUUCACUUGAAGCAAGUGCUGGUGGUCCGCAACCUUGGCAGCAAUGCGUUGACCCAGGCAACGGUUCCAUUCCUGACCUUCUACAGAGCCUCAUAUCCUCGACAUGCGGGGUACUGGCACGGCUCUCUUGGGGAUUUUCACGUUGCCGUUGCUCGCUCGAGCAUCUCCGCCAGCACCACCUGUUCUCGUGCGGGCAGGACCACCGCCAAAAGGUGCAAAUCUUCCUGCCGCUGCACCUGUUGCUUCAACGACAAUAACAGCCUCUGUCGUUUCUCCAACUGCCUUGCCACAAUCGGUCACGACGACAAAGACGACUGAUGCCCUAUCCGUCAUAAACUCGAAGACUUCAAGCUCCACGAGCAGUUUUUCUUCAACUGCUGUGUCGACCUCAGCAACUUUUGCAGCGCAUAGUCCAAGUCUCAGCGUCUCCAGUUUGCCAAUGGCUUCAGGAAUUUCGAAUGAGGAGUCCACAGACCGGCAUCGAACUUUGGUCAUUGUCCUUUCCGCAGUUCUUGGCUUCGUGGGCCUGGUCCUGAUUGUGGGGUCCAUUUUUCUGCUGUACCGCUAUCGCCAACAGCAUUCACCCUUCGGCCACCGCGGUGCGUCCCCAAUCGACGAUUCAGAAAUUGAAUCGUGGCGUCGGAACACUAUCGAUCAGAAAAGCCCGCCGCCAGCUCACCUUGCGUCGGAAAAGCCAGAGAUCCGUCCUCUUACACUCGGAAGUCCUCCAGGUUGGACAUGGGCAGCAUCACCUACUUCAAUCCAGACAGUGAUGUCUCCCGCCUCCCAAUAUCCUGAUUCCCCAUCCUUUCUAGCCAAAGCUCCGAAUUCUCGGAUCGGUCUCACCGAUGAGACGGUUCCAGGUGCGGAUCCUUUUGUUGGCACAGUAAAACGACAGAACUCUCGAUUAUCGAAACCGCCUCCUGGCCAUACCAGGACGAAAAGCCGGAGGAGCAGUAUGAGCGCCAAGAGUGGAGGGAGCUUCAAAUGGCAAAUUCGAGAUCGUAUCAGUAGCGACUCGAGGAGAGAUGAAAGUAACUUCUCGUGGUUUGACCCAGAGGAUGAAUCUGUCGUCAGCCAGCUAAGGACGGAUCGCACCAGCAGCUCGAACAGGGCUUCACUAUUUGACGGCCUUGCAAUGGCAGGCCUUUCACCAAGGCCCCAACCAAGACAGGACGAGCACAGUAUGUAUAUUGGUAGAGCUAUCGGAUAGCUGUAGCCGGAAGGGUCUGCAGGACGAGAACACCACACCAAUUGAUUGACUUUAGCGUUGGCAUUUGGACCAUCGAUUCUUUUUUAUUUCUACACAUGGGGCUCUUGCUCAUAGGGAAGGUUUGGGAUUGUCCCGAUAAAGACAUCCCCUGGUGGAAAGCACCAAUGCCGGCGAUGCAUUGUACAGGCGCAGGGACGGGAUGGGACUAGCGAACACUUGUUCCAGCAAGUCAGAUCACUGUGGCUAUAUGUAUAUACUGCUCGAAUCUGCUGCAUCUGUAAAGUAUUGGAUUUAAGAAAGAAUUAAAGUUCGAAAUGAUUGGGUUCCGGCUUUAUGUAGCAUGUCGGCGACAUGGCCGGUUAUAAUUGCGGUUCCCAUGCCUUUGCCGAA